ACCGCAGCAGCUAUGGCAGCGGCGGAGGAGGAUGGUGGGGAGGGCCCGUCCGUGCUGUUCCUGCACCCGGACCUGGGGCUGGGCGGCGCGGAGCGGCUGGUGGUGGACGCCGCGUUGGCGCUGCAGGCGCGGGGCUGCCGGGUGCAGAUCUGGACGGCGCACUACGACGCCGGGCGGUGCUUCGCGGAGACGCGCGGCCUGUCGGUGCGGCAGGCCGGCGGGUGGCUGCCGCGCAGCCUGUGGGGCCGCGGACACGCGCUGUGUGCCGCCCUGCGCAUGGCCUUCGUGGCGCUCUACAUCCUGCUGCUCAGCGGAGAGUGGGCCGACGUCUUCGUCUGCGACCAGGUGUCUGCUUGCAUUCCUGUACUCAGACUGGCCAGAACUCGUAAGAAGGUUUUGUUUUACUGUCACUUUCCUGAUCAGCUUCUGACCAAGAGAGAAUCUGUCCUAAAGCGUAUCUACAGAUUACCCCUCGACUGGCUAGAAGAGUACACAACUGGCAUGGCAGACUGUAUUGUUGUGAACAGCAGGUUUACUGCCAGUGUGUUCAAGGACACAUUUAAGUCCUUAUCUCACAUAAGCCCAGAUGUCCUCUACCCAUCGCUCAACAUCAGUAGCUUUGAAACAGUUGUUCCUGCAGACAUAGCUGACCUGAUACCAAAAAAGAAAAAGUUCUUGUUUCUUUCCAUUAAUAGGUAUGAGAGAAAAAAGAAUCUAGCAUUGGCUCUUGAAGCUUUGCAUGAGCUUCGAGGAAGACUUGAUUCUCACGAGUGGAAUGAAGUUCACCUGGUUAUGGCAGGCGGUUAUGACAAAAGAGUUCUGGAAAAUGUGGAACACUAUGAAGAGCUGAGGAGACUUGCAGCCAAGCUUAAUGUUAAUGACCAUGUCACUUUUCUGAGAUCCUUCUCAGAUGAACAGAAAAUCGCUCUUUUUAAUAACUCUAUAUGUGUGCUUUACACACCAAGCAAUGAACAUUUUGGCAUUGUCCCUCUGGAGGCAAUGUAUAUGAGAUGUCCAGUUAUAGCGGUUAAUUCAGGCGGUCCUUUAGAAUCAGUCUUGCAUAAUGUUACAGGAUUUUUGUGUGAUCCUCUGCCAACACAAUUCUCCGAGGCCAUGGAAAAAAUUGUAAGAGAUCCUCUCUUAAAGAACACAAUGGGAACAGCUGGUAGAGCCAGAGUUAUGGAAAAAUUUUCCUCAGAAGCAUUCAAGGAACAGCUGUACCAAUACAUAUGCAGAUUAACACAAUAAAAUUAUAUUCCGAUAUUA